CUUACGGCUCGCCGUAGUUGCCGGGUAGUGGAGGUCAGGCGUGCUCCUGAACCAACUGCGAAAUGCUAUAGAAUCGCCUUAAACGUGUAUUCCGUUCAAAAAAAAUCAUGGCGCAUAACAGUCGGUUACUUUUUAAAAUGCAUUUGCAUUAAGCUUAAAAAAAAGUGCUCGCUGUGACGUAGCGCGUGAAGAACGACACCAAAAAGCGACCGUCCGUUUUGUCCUACAAAGGCGCCCAGUUUGACAGGCGCUGGGCCUGACGUAAGACAAACUACCGAAGGAGUGACAGCCAACGAGGGGACUUCAUGAAGCAAUUCAGUGUCCCUAAUACUGAAGAAAGGCUCGUUUAAACAUGAGGAAGGACGUGAGGAUACUGCUUGUUGGGGAACCCAAGGUGGGAAAGACGUCACUGAUCAUGUCUCUGGUCAGCGAGGAGUUUCCCGAUGAGGUUCCUCUGCGAGCUGAGGAGAUCACCAUCCCGGCAGACGUCACCCCAGAGAGGGUCCCCACACACAUUGUGGACUACUCAGAGGCAGAGCAGUCGGAAGAGCAACUAUAUCAAGAAAUAUCUAAAGCAAAUGUCAUCUGCAUAGUGUACUCGGUCAACAACAAGAAGUCAAUUGAAAAGGUGACAAGCCAUUGGAUUCCCCUCAUCAAUGACCGAAUAGACAAAGACAGCAGGGUACCCCUGAUCCUCGUGGGCAACAAGUCUGACCUGGUGGAGCACAGCAGCAUGGAGACCAUCCUGCCGAUCAUGAAUCAAUACCAGGACAUAGAGACGUGUGUCGAGUGCUCUGCCAAAAAUCUGAAGAACAUCUCAGAGCUCUUCUACUAUGCUCAAAAAGCCGUUCUCCACCCAACGGGACCACUGUACUGCCCUGAGGAAAAGGAGCUGAAGCCUUCUUGUAUUAAGGCUUUAACUCGAAUCUUUAAAGUAUCCGACCUGGACAACGACGGCAUCUUGAAUGACAACGAGCUCAACUUCUUCCAGCGAACGUGUUUCAACACGCCACUGGCGUCCCAGGCUUUAGAAGACGUUAAAAAUGUCGUCAGAAGAAACAUGGCCGACGGCGUCAAAGAUAACGGUCUCACACUAAAAGGUUUCUUGUUCCUGCACACCCUCUUCAUACAGCGCGGCCGGCAUGAGACCACCUGGACUGUGCUGAGGAGGUUUGGUUACGACGACGACCUGGAUCUCACGCAGGAAUAUCUGUUCCCUGUAGUCAAGAUCCCUCCUGACUGCACCACAGAGCUAAACCACAAUGCUUACCUCUUUCUCCAGAGCGUCUUUGACAAACACGACAAAGACAGAGAUUGCGCACUGUCGCCCGAGGAGGUGAAGGACCUGUUCAAAGUAUUUCCCUACAUGCCGUGGGGUCCGGACGUCAACCACACGGUGUGCACUAAUGAACAGGGAUGGAUCACAUACCAGGGAUACCUCUCCCAGUGGACGUUAACGACAUAUCUGGAUGUUCAACGGAGUUUGGAGUACUUGGGUUACCUUGGAUACUCCAUCAUCUAUGAGCAGGAGUCCCAAGCAGCUGCUAUCACAGUGACGCGCAACAAACGCAUCGAUCUGCAGAAGAAACAGACCCAGCGCAGCGUCUUCCGCUGCAACGUCCUCGGCGCUCGAGCCAGCGGCAAGAGCGGCUUCUUGCAGGCCUUCCUGGGAAAGAACCUUCAGCGACAGAGGCGGAUUAGAGAAGACCACAAGUCCCUGUACGCCAUCAGCACAACUUACGUGUACGGUCAAGAGAAGUACCUGCUGCUCCAUGAGAUGAUGCCAGAUUUUGACUUCAUGUCAGAGGCGGACCUCGCUUGUGAUGUGGUCUGCCUGGUCUAUGACGUCAACAAUCCGCAUUCUUUUGAAUACUGCGCCAAAAUGUUCAAGCAAUACUUCAUCGACAGCAAGACGCCGUGCGUGGUGAUUGCCGCCAAGUCGGACCUACACGAAGUGCGGCAACAAUACAGCCUUUCGCCGCACGAGUUUUGCCGCAAACACAAGCUCCACCCGCCCCAGCCGUUCACGUGCAACACCAUUGACGCCCCCAGCAAGGACCUCUACACGAGGAUCACCACCAUGGCCAUGUACCCCCACGCCCGUCUUCGCUGCAUGUGCGCCUGCAACAAGUGCACCUAUUGCCUGUGUCAGAACCUCCUCAAGAUGGAGUUGCUGCGCAGCAUUAAGGCCCAACUGCGCAUGGUCGUUCGCAACAGGCACAUGGCGCAAGCAGACUUGAAGAACUCCACGUUCUGGCUGCGGGCCAGCGUGGGGGCCACAGUGUUCGCCGUGCUGGGCUUCGCCAUGUACAAAGCGCUUCUCAAACAACGGUGAUGAGACGCUUGCAUCCUCAACGCCCGCGAUUCUUUUUUCCUGUCCUGUCCGUCACCUGAAAGACUGACCGACCAAUCAAGCGGGUUACGGCCCGCUUGAUCCUGCCUCCCCUUUGCCUCAUUCAUCCCGUUGACGUAAGAAACCAUUUUGUAUGCAUUUAAUCAUGAAGUAUCAAUCCUCUUUUUUUUUUUUUUUAUGGGUUUUUUUUUUCGUUUUUUUUUUGGGCAGGAGUAAAAUGCAACUUGUGAAUGCCUACCAGUCAAUUGUCAAACACCGACACUGUGUCGGUGUUUGUGUUUAGUUUCUCCUCAGGUCAAGUCGAGGCAGCCACAAAGGGAAGCGAGUGUGUUCAUAGAUGUGUAUAUGCAGUAUAUUAUGGAUAUAGUUCUGAGGGGUUUUUAGCAAUGACCAGGGUGGCCUCUCUUUUGCCUCAUCUAGUUGCGUCUAAAACAAAAAAACU